CGGGGAGCAGACGAGUCAGUCAGCUGAGGGAGGAACUCCGACGACAGAAAGUCAACCAGGAAGCCCGAGCUGCUAACCCGAACCACCGGCCACAGGGAGGGUUUUAACCAUAGCAGUCAAAGAGUAUAACAGUACAGGACUUGUGUUUUUUGUAUUUCAGUCGACACACAGCAGAGACAUGGCUUCCCUUUUCAAGAAGAAGACUGUGGAUGACAUAAUCAAGGAGCAGUCGAAGGAGCUGCGUGGCACUCAGAGACAGAUCGUCAGGGACAGAACAGCGCUGGAGAAACAAGAGAAACAAAUGGAGGCUGAAAUCAAGAAAAUGGCUAAGAGCGGUAACAAGGAGGCGUGUAAGAUUCUCGCCAAGCAGCUGGUUCAGCUGAGGAAGCAGAAGAACCGCACAUACGCCGUCAGCUCCAAGGUCACCUCCAUGUCUACGCAGACCAAGGUCAUGAACUCACAAAUGAAGAUGGCAGGCGCCAUGUCCACCUCAGCCAAGACUAUGCAAGCAGUAAACAAAAAGAUGGAUCCCCAGAAGACCCUGAAGACCAUGCAGGACUUCCAGAAGGAGAACAUGAAGAUGGGCAUGACCGAGGACAUGAUCAACGACACUUUAGAUGAGAUCUUUGAUGACUCUGGGGAUGAAGAGGAAUCGCAGGACAUUGUCAACCAGGUUCUGGAUGAGAUCGGCAUUGAGAUCUCAGGAAAGAUGGUGAGAGCUCCAGCUGCAGGAAAGAGCCUCCCGAGCGCCGCCUCCUCUAAACAGGCCACCAUCUCCGACGACGAGAUAGAGAGACAGCUCCGAGCUCUGGGAGUGGACUAAUUGUCUGCUCUGUAUUAAUAUUCACAUUGUAAACCUGUGCAACAUUAAUACUAAUUGAUACAGACUCUGUUAGACACAUUGUUAAAAUGUUACAGGUGUAACGAAGGGUGCACACACACACACACACACACACACACACACACACACACACACACACACACACACACACACACACACAUAGGUUAAGACAUUCAAAGACAUGCAGGCAGACAUGUUUAUUAACACGCACACACACUCACACUUUCUUUGGCAUGUUGCCUUACAGAUCAUUAGGGAAGAACGUCUGGUCUAUUUAUGCGAAAAUGAUAUUUAUUAACAUACUGGAGGGGCCACAGCCUAAAGGUGGGCCGAUAGUAGAUGUUUGACCUCAAGAGUUCUCAACCACCUAUGCUCUUAUUUCCUGUACCACCAAGCUCUAUCUCUAGAAGGGCUGCAGUGUAGAGACAAUGGAAGUAGCUUCUCCCGUCUUUGAGUCAUAUAAUCUAUCAGCUUUUUACGUGGCUGAAGAUGGAUGGUCUUUCCCCAGCAAGUUUUAAUAAGCAAAGCACUGUAAUUAAAAAAAGAGCUUAGGUGUUGUCAGUAACCAGAUGGAACUUUUAUUUUUCCUACUCGCACCAUUUACGCAAUCCACUUCCUUCGAGGAAAAAACCAUCCUCUUCUUCAUGUGCGUGUCAUGUGGGUGAAAUACCCCCGGACUGAAACGGGACACGGUUGCUUUACCAUGCAAGUGAAAGGGUGAAAAAGCCUCAUCAACAACUGGGGGCACCUUCUCCACACAAAUCAAGCAACUGGUCAACUAGCUAAUUAAUUAUCAUGUUUUUUUUAAAAACCCUUAGGUACGCUACCAUAGUAACUGGAGAUGAUGUAACUCAGACAAACAUGUGCAUGUGAAAUGUAUAACUGACUAGGGUAAGGCCGUCACUUUACUUAUAAAACAUUUCUUACAUAAUGAAAGAUUAUUUACAUAAUGCAUGAGGUGAGGUGGACUGAUCCGAGGGAAAGCUUUUAAUUUGCACCACCGAAGAUGUGAUGCUGUACAGAUUGUGUGGGAAAACUUAAUCAAACAUAAAUUAGGACUAAUGUCAGACUGGCAUAUCGAAGAGUUUUGAAUCGAUUGUUUGAUGCUACCGAGUAAUCAAAUUAGUUGUUUUUUUUCAAUUAUUAUUCUUGGUUGAUCUGAUUAUGUAUCUUUAUAUUGGACAUGGGGUUUACAGUGAUUGUAGGAUGGCACUAGUUCUGCAGUCCCUCCUCUCUUUCAGCUGCUGUGCAGUUACUGUCAUAUGUAAUUUAAGCUGCCUCACUCACAAACACACACACACACACACACACACACACACACACACACACACACACACACACACACACACACACACACACACACAUACACAUACACUACAGCAAGAAAAUGAUAGGAGCGUUUGCUAAAAUAACACUGUGAUCCAAGAGAUGUUUUCUCUCCCUCAGAGCUGAAGCUGGCUCUUCUCUGCAGUGAUUUCCUUAAUGCCAGCCGGCGUCGUGAGAAAGACACGGAUAUGUUUAGUGAGGUUGACUCUUUGUCUUUCUCUCUCGCUCUCUGGCCUUUUGAUCCCACAUUGAUUCCCAUUGCCAAAAAAAAAAUUCUAAUGUUUUCAUUCUUGCAUGCAUCUGACAUGUACAAUACUCUAAUUCAUUACCUUUUUGUAAAUCAAACUUUCCCCUACAUUUUAACAGUCUUUUGGGAUUGUGAGCAGAAAACAAUGUUUUAACAGAUUUCAACAUACAUUGUUUGAGUGCAGUUCCAUGCUUAGGAAAUUUCCACACUUUUUUUUAAAGGUAUAUGUAUACUCCUCUUUAUUUGUUUAGUCAUUGUAAAGUGACUCUGUAAAGGGUUGAUGGCUUUUAUAAAUGAAUAAAGUUUCU